AGGUUAAGCGCCUUCAGUGGGGGUGAGCAGUGGCAGCUGGUUCUUUCAACGUUACAGGAGUGCCUUCGAUGCCGGUCCGAACUGGAUUUGAUGGCGACAAACGUGGCUCUUGGAAGCCUGCCCUGGCGUCGGGCAAAUGAGAAGCUCCAUGAGCUCGACGCGGAUCUGGUGACAUACGGUUCUAUCUUGAAGGUCUCUUCUAUGGCCGGUGUUUGGGAGCCGGCUGUGCUUGUGCUGGAGCAGAUGGUGUCAGUUCAACUGGAGCCGAACAUGAUUUGCCUCAACGCUGCUGCCGCUGGGCACGCCUGGCGCCGGGCGCUGGGCACCGGUCGCGACGCCGUGGGAGUGGCCUCAGCCAUUGAUGCUUGUGCGCAAGAUGGAGAAUGGACACUGGCCUGCGAAUUGCUUUCGGGCUUGCCGCAGGCGGAGCCAGCGGAGCCCUUCAGCUUCAGCUCAGCCAUCACAGCUUGCGCCAACUCGUACCACUGGAAGACGGCUGUGUCAUUGCUGCAGAGGCUGCAGACUUCUAGGACCAGUGACCUGGUAGCAGCCACAAGUUGCCUGGCGGCGCUGAGCGCGGUGAGCGCCUGGGCCCAGGCUCUUUGGAGCUUGGAGGCUAUGCCACAAGAACGACUGGCUGCCAAUGAACAUAGCUUUAGCGCCGUUGUGGCUGCUUGCGAGCGUGCCUGCCUGCUUCGUGGGCAGCUGAGACCAUCUGAGACAGCAUGGAGAUUGCCAGGGACGCUGUUACGGUGUGGCUUGCUGCCAGUAGCCAGCAAUGGCGGCAGAGGCUGUACAGGCUUUGAGGACUUGUGCUGAAUCAGCGGAGUGGCAAGCUGCCUUACAGAUUUUUCUCGCUAGCAGCGUUAAUUCUUAUGGCUUAAACCUGGUACUCCAGGCAUGCGCCAAAGCUACCCAAUGGUCGAAUGCCCUGAAGGUUUUUUGUUCUCAUGAUGUCCGUUGCCUUCGCGAUGUCGUCAGCGCGAACACGGUGAUGACGAGCACGGCCAAGUGCAACCUUUGGCCCGUCACAGUGAACCUGCUGGCAAUGAUGCCGUCCCAGCGCCUCACGGGGACUGCGCGGAGCUUCACAGUGGCCAUCCAUGCCUUAAAACUCAGGGAGUGGCCCUUGGCUCUGGCACUUUUGGCAUUUCCGGAUACCAUCAGCCUUUGCUCGGCGAUGGUCGUGUGCCGACAGGCCCAGCAUUGGCGAUGGAGCACGGAGCUUUUUGAGUGGAUGGGAUGUCAGAGAGUUGUGCCUGAUGCAUCUUGCUUGCAUGCUGUGGCGGCUGCUUCAGCAGAUGAUCAUUGGAGCAAAGCGCUGCAAUUCCUUGGAGAUGAACAGUGCUGCAGUGUUGCGCUCUCGGCGUUGCGUCGGGCUGGCGGAUGGGCCUCGUCCGUUGAGCUGCUAGCAGGCAUGUACCACCGGCACCUGGAGCUGGGUCAUCCAUUUUCACUAGAUGAGGAGGUUCGGCUUGGAGCGAUGAAAGCUUGGCAUCACCAGAGCGCUUGGAGCCGCGUUUUGGACAUCUUCAGGAGCUUGGGGCAACGCCCUCUUGCCGUGAAUUUGGCCUUGGCUGCCUGCAAGGCCGCUGGCUUGUGGCAGUUGGCCCUCCAGAUCUUUUGGUCCUCAGAAAUCGAUGCGUACAGCUACAGCACCCUAGUGGGCGCCUGCUGCGAGAGUUCUCAGUGGGAGGUGGCCUCGAGCUGUGCUCUUCCCACCGCAGCUGCCAAUGUCUUGCUCACCUUCUUGGCAAGGGACCACACCUUGUGGCCACGUGCUUUGCAGCUCUUCAGCGCACUGCCGCCACUGCAGGUCCAGAUCGAUGAGAUCAGCCACACAGCAGUUCUACAGGCUCAAGGUCAGAGUUUGCAGUGGUCAGGAUCCUUCCAGAUCUUGGAGGAGAUGACGCGCAGGAGCCUUGAAGGAAAUUGUGUGACCCACUGCGCAGCCAUCGGCGCUCAAGGUGGUGGCCCCUGGCAGCAAUCACUGAGGCCUCGCGAGCAACUCCCGCACGCCGACCUGGCCUUGUGGAACGCCCAGUUGGGCACCUGGGCUGAGGGGCACUGCUGGCCGAUGGUGCUUCAAUCCUUGGAGGCCUCCAAACUGGAACCCGAUCUCUCCAGCUAUGCCACAGCCAUGCGCUGUCUCAAGGAGGCUGGCCAGUGGCGACAGAGCUUGUACUGGUCAGGCCGCUACAUGACCAAGACGUUGCAGCCCCUGAGCAGCACCUGCAGCGCUUGUGGCAGUGCGCGGCACUGGCAAGCAGCACUCCAGCUACCGUUCAUCUUGGCAGAGCCCAUGGAUGGGCAUUUCCUCGGAGCCCUUAUUUAUGCCUGCCAGGAAGCCGCCCAGUGGGUGUCAGCCUUGGCCUGUGCGAGGCCUCGCGGCAGCUUGAAGCCCUCAGCGGUUGGUUUGAAUGCUGCCAUCAUCGCGUGUGGAGAGGGACAUGCCUGGGCCGAAGCGCUGAGUCUAUGGCACGACUCUCGUGGCGUCCGUGGAAACGACUUCACUGCUGCUGCAGUGAUCGAGGCCCUGGGCAAGGCCAAUGAGGUGCAGCUGGCACUGGAGCUGCUUCAGAGCAUGGAAGGUGACCUCAGUGCGACGGCCUUCAAUGCAGCCUUAGCUGUUUGUGCUUGGGCGGAGCAGAAAAGUCGCUGAAGAUGCUUGGGGUGGAG